UUUGGUAUUUACAAUCAUCGCAUCAUCACAUCACAUGCACGCCUAGUACAGGUUGCAGUUGUAGAUCGUAGCAGACGUUGGCGUUCACUGGCUGUAGCUGUACGAAUACUGUGUGCGGUUGUUGUUGUGUCCAUUUAAUAGUGUAUCCAUUCAAGAGUGCUACAUUAGUAACAUCACUUAAAGUAGAAGUUAUAAUUUAUUUGAAAUCUGCAUGUGUGUAGCAUCAACUUUAUUAUUCAGCUCGAACUCACCAUUUCAGCUCGAAUCACAACAUUUUAGCUUCGAGUUUGGCCUGAUCGACUCCGCUACUCAGCCAUCAUGUGGGUCAUCGUCAGGACAUUCGAUUGCAAAAAGACGCUACGAAUUGAUGGACUGUCAAAACUGACAAAAAUUGAACAGUUUCGUGAAAGAUUGGUGGAGGAUUUCAAUGCACCUGUGGAUCGACAACGCUUAUUUUUUAGCGGAAAAGAGCUCGUCGAUGGCCACACCCUCUUUGACUACCGCAUCAACCUCAAUGACACCAUCCAGCUGAUGAUGAGGGCCGCGCCCGUCGACGAGGAGGACGAAGCAGAAGCAGAGGAUACUGAGGUCACUGAGGUCGAAGGCAAAGAUGGGGACAAGGAAAGCGAGGGCAAAGCCGAGAGUGGAUUCGGAUCGGAGACCAGCGAUUCGGAGAACGUGGAUGCCGCAACGAAGGACGGCACUAAAACUGUCGAAGCAUCCACUAGCCAACUGAGGGGGCUAUUCAAGGUUGGUGAUGUCGUAGAUGGCAUAGACAUGAGCAUGGGGGCCUGGUUUGAGGCGGACAUUGUGAAAAUAACUGAAAAGGAGGAAGAGGAGGAAAACGAAGAAACAAACAAUAACAAUGAAAGCGAGACCAAGGCAAAGGAUGAGAAAGCUCUAGACCAGGUCCAGGACAAACCUGAAAAAAUGGACCAGAAUGAAAAUGAACCAGCAUUACCCAAAGACUCAGAAAAUGAGAAAAAUGUGCUAAAUGUUGAUGCUGGCACCCCCAUGGACACAGAGUGCAAUGAUCCAGCAUCACAAAGGACAUGUGGCUCAGAUGAGUCCAUUUUAAAAGAAGGGGGUAGUGGGGUCAUCCAGAUUGCAGGGAAGCAUGACUCACACUGGACGAGGCAUGAUGGACUUAUAUACCACGUGAAGUAUGAAGGGUAUGAUGAGGAAGGCAUUGCUAAGAUCAGUAGCCGCAGCAUACGACCACGAGCCCGCACAAUGAUCGACUACGAGGACGUCACUGUCGGUGACAUCGUCAUGGUGAAUUACAACUGUGAUGAACCUAAGCAGAGAGGUUACUGGUACGACAUGGUCGUCAAAAACAAGAAAGAGACAAGGUCGUACAAGGAGUUGGCGGGGGACAUCCUCCUUGGCCCGAGCGGUGAUGUCCUGAAGGAUUGCAAGGUCCGUCUGACAGAGGAGAUCUUCAAGACUGAGAAGGUUGGAGAGUCGACAUGUGACGCCGCCACGUUAGAAGCAGAGGGAACUCCCGUCAAAAGAACCACAACGCCAAACUGCGCACACUGCAAAGACAACCCUCGAAGGAAGUGCAAGCACUGCGCAUGUCACAUGUGCGGCAACAAGGAGGAUGAUGACAAGACGUUGCUGUGUGACGAGUGUGACAUGCCGUUCCAUAUCUACUGCCUGGACCCGCCCAUGGAGUCCAUACCUGAUGUCGAUGAAUGGUACUGCCCUCUGUGCAAAAAUGAUGCAUCAGAAGUCGUCAUGGCCGGACAGAAGCUCAAGGCUAGCAAGAAGAAAUCCAAGAUGGCAUCAGCAACAUCGACCUCUCAGAGAGAUUGGGGAAAGGGUAUGGCUUGCCAGGGUAGGAGCAAGGUUUGCACAAUAGUCCCACCCAAUCAUUUUGGUGCUGUCCCAGGUAUCCAUGUAGGACAGCUAUGGAGGUUCAGGGUUCAGGUUAGUGAGGCUGGAGUUCAUCGACCCCAUGUUGCCGGUAUACAUGGUCGAGAGAUUGAAGGGGCAUACUCUAUCGUGCUGGCAGGUGGAUAUGAAGAUGAUCUGGAUAACGGAGAUGAGUUCUACUACACAGGGAGCGGAGGAAGAGACUUGUCAGGCAACAAGCGAACGGCCGAGCAGUCACAUGACCAAAAACUUGCCAAGAUGAAUAUGGCCCUUGCACGUAAUUGCAACGCCCCCACUGACAAGGUCAAAGGAAACGAAGCCAAGGAUUGGAAGGCCGGCAAGCCUGUAAGGGUUGUUCGGAAUGCCAAAGGUCGCAAACACUCCAAGUAUGCACCAGAAGAUGGAAACAGAUACGAUGGUAUUUACAAGAUUGUAAAGUACUGGCCUGAGAAAGGAAAGAGUGGAUUCCUGGUAUGGAGGUACCUGAUCAGAAGAGACGACCCCUCCCCAGCCCCCUGGAGCAAGGCUGGUAAGAAGAAGAUCAAGGAACUGGGACUCGAGAUCGAGUACCCCGAUGGUUACCUUGAGGUGAUGGCAGCCAAGGAAGCAGCGAAGGAGAAGGAGAAGGAGAAGGAGAAGAGAGGGUUAUCAGAAGAUGACGAAGAGGAGGAGGAGGAGGGAAAGAAAUCAAAGAAGGGCAAAGGAAAGAAGAGGCAAAGAGAAGAAGAACCCCAAAAGCCAACACCGAAGAAGCCCAAGUUUGAGCUGAGCAAAGAGACACGGAAGAUGAUUGAUGAAGACGAACAGAACAAGUCUCAGUGGAAGUCCAUCAUCGAAGAGUGUAACAGUGGAAAGAAAUUCAUCACGGCUGUGGAGGAUGAGUUUACAUGUAUCUGUUGUCAAGAAGUCGUCUAUCAGCCCAUCUCUACACCAUGCUCACACAACCUCUGCAAGAGUUGCAUCCAGCGUUCCUUCAAGGCAGAGAUCUUUUCCUGCCCGCAUUGCCGCUACGACCUGGGGAAAGGAUACAGCUUGAGCUACAACAAGAACCUGCAGGCCAUCCUCCUUGAUGUGUUCCCUGGUUAUGAUGCUGGUCGCUAGGCAACCGUCUCUUCCAUCUAAUACAUCUCAUACUCUUUCCUUGAUCAAAAUAAUCAGACAAUGACACAUUCAAUAAACUGAAAUGUGACAGCGCAACAAACUUGACUUUUGAGAAUUUCCGUGUUUUCAUCCAUGUUUCACAGUGGUAAAGUUUCAAAAAAGUUUGGCUAGGAAUGUGAUGUUUGCUUGUAAACAAUGCUUUCAACAACAUAAAAUGUUAUAAUUGUGAUAGCCAUGAUGUCAAUAUACAUACAUGAAAUCUGCAGGUAUAGUUAAAGAUAACCGCUUUCAAAUUAAUCAAGGGAAGAGUUUUAGAUUGUGAUGGUGCUGUUUAUCUUGAAUUCUAUUUACCUCGUUGCAUAAAAAAAAUCGUCAGUCAAAAUGGACAAAGCUUUUUUAGAGAGGCGCUCUGCACAGCGGAACUAAUACAAAUGCUUCAUCAAGAGUUUGUAAACAUUUGUGAAUCAUAUCUUCAUCAGAGUUAUCAUCGUUAUACUUAGUAUUCGAACAAAAUGGCAUUUACAUGCUAAAAAGUUUUGCCUGCAUAAAAAGAAUAUAUAUAUAUAUAUAUUUAUGUGAUUUGGAUUCCCUCAUGGAGAUUUUAUUCAGUCUUAACUCAUAAUGGCUCAAUGUUGACUUCAUAGUCAGUGUGGAAAAAAUGCUAAUUGGCUUGAAAGCAUUUGUAGAAGGAAUGUGCUCGUCCUUCAUUUCAUGGCAUGAUCGUAACUUUAUAAAAGUAUCGCAGCUGCCUUAGCAUCAACCGUUGUAUAUGAAACUCACCGUUUUCAUCAUUUCUGCUCAGAAAACCAUUCAUAGAAUUUGUGACGCUCGUCCUCGUCACCUCCCGAAAGCAGUCGUGCUCCGGGCGUCUCUGUCGCGUCAUAUUUUCUUCCACUUAUGCCUCGUCUUCCAUGUCUAGCUUGCGAUAAACAUUUAAUUUACCAUCGGUCACACUUGUUUGGCUCAGUGUUGUAUUGGAUGUUCACUCGCCUAUUAAGAUUUAGAGGUGUGUUAACUCUGGGAUAGGUGAUAGGAGUUUGUGGCUCUUGUCAGGAAAGGAGCCAUUUUUUUUCAUUUGUCUCGUCUUCCCUUUGAAUAUCUGUGUUCGUUUUAUAACUUUAUUUUCUGUUCAUUCACCUCUGUAAAUGUCAAACUUUGUUCUUGUAAAUAACAUUGCUGCAUCAGUACCUCCCUGUCGCGUAGCUCAAAUUUCCAACUGCCGCGUUUGUGUUAAGUGUAGGGUGUGAUUGGAGAAGGAAUAAUUUCAUCCACAAAUUUGGUGGUUUUAUAAUGUAUUCACUUCACCGAAUACCACAUUUUAACCAUUUCAGAGUACUUUGAUCUGAGAUUGAUUUGGUUUUCACAUUCCCAUCAUUGUUUGUACCUUAACAUUCUGAGACAUACUUUGGCUGGGUUUGGGCAAAGAAAUAUUGAAAUGUACAACAAUAUUUUCACGUAUAAGUGUAUUUUGAAGAUAAUUUCAGACAACUUGCAAGUGAUACAAACAUGCGUUAGAUCUUAACAAUACAAGAUCUCAAUUUGUCCACCCCAAUAUUUAGAGGGAAGGUCCCUUUUUCUUAAGUGGGGUCAUGCACUUUAUUUAUUUCUUGAAUAUUUCUCCUCAAUUUUGCCAAAACGGGUGCAUUGAAUCAAAUGUACUUACAUUAAUGUUUAAAUAUAUUAUGUACCUUUUUUGAAAUGUUAGUGUUUUUAUCUGUAAAUAGUAGUGCAAAGUACCACGUACUGGGGAAGCUGAUAUGGUUCUUGUUCAAAAUUUGAAAGGUAAUUGAUCUAAUUGGUAGCUUGAUGCUUCAUGCUUCUAAAAAAUAUAAUUAAACUUUGAAUCAAAUACAAUCACAAUGUGACUCUGAAUGUACAUGUAGCACAUAUGAGAAAGGAAUGUCUUUGCUUUUAUCCUCUUUGAAUGGACAUUUGUAGGCAAACAAGCAAUGAAUAUUCCCUCAGAUGAACAGUGUGCAGUUUUGAGCCUGCUGAAGUGCUAUUAUCCUCCAUGAAUCGACAUCAAGUACGAAAUUGGACAAUAUAAAUUUUCCCUCUCGGUUAGAUACCGGUAGUACUUCAUUUUUUGCAAGCAGCUAAACAAAGACGCUAUUGGAAAAAGAUUUAAAAAUUGUCAUGUAUCAUAUAAAACCUGUGCGCAGUGUGAAUACAAAUCAUUUGUACAUCAUUAAAAACAUUUUACCUCCUUUAGAUAAAAUAGCUAGAAUUGAGGUUAAAAUCACAGACAGUGAUCGAGUGCUGCUGCUACAUGCAUACACUGAAACUGCCUAGAUCGAUAGCUAGGUUAAACUUGUACAUUAAUAUCUAUAGUAUCAUGCAGUUGUAUACAAAGGCGUCAAGAACUUCUGCUGUAUCUGUUCAUUUGGGCCAUACCUUGCUUGUAUAACCAUUAAUCUAUGUGUAAUUACUAUAUUGAGAAUCAAAAGGUUAAACUGAAAUGAAUGUAUCCAAAAUUUCAUUUUACACCAUAGUUUAUGUACUUGUAUCUGCAACCGUGCAUUUUCAACCUUUGCUUUCUACCUCAAAUUAUGUAAAAAUUCUCAAUAUGAAAAGGACAGAUGAGAUCUACGGUAUAUGAGAUGCUUUUUUAUCAUCGUGGGCUUCUGUUUUAAAAGAAUUACGUCUAAAUGCAAGGCAGAAAUUUAACGCAACUUUAACCUGUCUGGAUAUUUUUGCAUUGCACUUAACCAAACUUUUAUGGAAGAGGCCCUAUAGCUUUGGGGUUCUUGGCAUGUGUGUAGCAUUUAAAAAAAAAGAAAUUUCUACAACCAAGGUGCAAUUGUGCAGCACUUAUUCUAAUUCUUUUCUGUUCACCUCUAUUUUAACACGGUCUUAAACGCACAAGACAACAUUCUCUUUUCAAAUUUAAGGAAACUGCGGGAGGGAGGCCGAAAGAAAAUUGGCAAGGAGAAUGUUUCUGUCAUUAGAAAGGGUAACAUUGUGGUCGGGUGUACAGGUUGAAGGUGUUUUAUACAAGAAGGUGCUAAUUUGGUGUUACUGCACAGUGUAGAUAUGUGGAGGGAGGGUGUACAAUAAGUGUUUGGUGUUGAAAUGUGUUUGACACAGGAAAGUGCCUUGGGAAGAGUCUUAUCAAGUUUCCCGCUUUAAAGUUGCAGUUGAUUUUUAGAUGUGAAUGAAUUUUGGAGAUAAAAGAAAUAUUUUGUAUACGAUAGAGGUACGGAGAGUUGAAGUAUAUGACAGAAGAAUUAUUCCAAUUUUAUUGUGUUCCAUUUCAUGUUUUUCUUAUUCCUCACCUCAAUGUAAUGUAUGUUACGAUUGAUAUGCAAUUCGUAAUUGUUCUAUAUUCAUGUACGGUACUAAAGUAGAAGUUGUAAAUAGAUGUGCUAUGCUUUGUGAUUUUUAACGAUGGAAUAGUACUAUAAGUGUUAGUGUAGACGAAAAUCGACUUUCAUCCGCAGUGAUUUUUUUCUGAUUGGCUUUUAAAAAAAUUGUAAGAUUUGAAUUUCCUUAUGCUGACAGACAGAUUUUUGUACGUUAAUGCCCUUCUGGCUCCAAACACGAGGUAUUAAAAUCAACCUUUGAACCCUAGAAGGAUGUUAACGCUGUGAAAUGAAGUUGAUGUACGUCAAUUUACAUCCGCCUUGUGAAGUCAUCUCGCCCAUCCUAAUGUAAUAUUUAUGCCUUUUUACCUGUUAGAGCACAAAAAACAUUGUUUAAUUGAUUACUUCAUGUGCAAAAAAAGUUUGAAAAAUGAAAAUUCAUUGAAUGUAUUUAAAGUUUCAAAUUUGAUGUUUUUUAAAAAAGAGGAUGAAUGUAGUUCACGUAAAAUGGUCAAAUUCUUCAAUUGUUUUUUUUUAAAUAAUUUUAAAUCCAUGUAGUAUAGUAAUGAUGAUUGAUUCAGUGUUUGAAACCCAACAAUAAAUUUCAUUAAAGUCACA